AGCCAACAAUAGGGCAGGGUUCACACAGCAAGACUCGAUUUUGAUCACACAAAACAAAGACAUCUCCGGCGCAAACCAUGGGAAUGCCACUCGCUUUAACGGUCAAUAACGGUGUAGUCGCCAAAGACCGAAUAGCUGAGGGCGAAGCCGCCCAGUACGAAGCCCUCAAACGCAGUGUUCUUGCUAGCCAAGAGAAGAAAAAACAAGAGGAACGUGAAGCAAGGGCGUCGCAAGGUCUGCCUCUCGACGAGGAGAAUUCAGCGUCCGAGAAGAACAACACACUGAAGCGCAUUCUCGCAUUCAUGUGUCUUGGGACCACCGGCAAGAAAUAGCAUACCCCAAGGAUGCUAGAAGUUGCUGAGCGAUGGUAUUAUUGGUGUUAUGAGCAACAACGGAAGAAAGUUGAAGCUGUCUCGAGAGUACGCUCUAAUAAUGUAACCAGGUUAUAACCGUGGUCACAUUGAGAAGAAUGAGCACGAAUCGUUCCAGUAAAUCAAU